CCGACAACCUUUCUGAACCACGCCGCGAUAACAAAUAAGAAUAAUUAUCAUCUUCCGCUGUAGAAUACCAGUACUUUUUCUGCUAAAUUGACGCUUUAAUAAUCUAAUUAGUCCACGUAGUUAUUUAAAUUAGAUUCAGCAGCACAGCUAACGUCGAGCAUAAUCUCAAUUCGUUGAGUUGAACUUACACCGGAGUCAUACAGAAGUGCAUAAAUUUCUUAUCUAGUGUUCGCCUGCGAUGUUCAUACUGUUCAGACAGACAUGUCAGUUUCGCUGGUGAAGAAAAGUUUGGAUUUGGUUUCAGCUGAUGAUCGCUCCGCUCAAAAAAACAAACCAAAUUUAAAAUCCAUUAAGAAAAAGAAACCAAUCGAUGGUAAGAAGAAUGCCGCUGCAGUGGUAGACAAAAUACGUCAACAGUCAAAACAACAAAACGAACAAGAUAAAGUUGAAUCGAACGUGCAACGAUUAUUAAAACUCAGUCAAGCGGAAACACUCCAUAAAAAAUUAGAACAUAAGUUAAUCGAUAAAGUGACCAACUCGAAGCAUAAGAAAGAAUGCAAAUCGAAGAAACAGCAGAGCGCUUUCACUGAAGAAGAUUUUGCUAACUUCGAGAGAGAAUACUUCGUUAACGGAUGUUAUUAG